ACGAAGAUGGCGUGUUGUGGAAACUGUUUUUGUUGCCAAUGUUGCUGCCGAGAAGGAGAGACGCGGACACCGGAGGAACUGACAAUCCUGGGAGAGAUCCGCGAAGAAGAAGAUGAGAUCCUACCCAGAAAAGACUACGAGAGUUUGGAUUAUGACCGCUGCAUCAACGAGCCCUAUGUGGAGGUUCUGGAGGGGAUGGACAACAAGAAAGCCAGAAAGUAUGAAGCGGUGCGGUGGCUGAUGGUGUUUGCUAUCGGCGUCACAGUCGGCCUGGUGGGCUUGUUUGUGGAUUUCUUCGUUCGUCUCUUCACCAAAAUCAAGUUGUCUUUGGUGGCUGAUUCUGUGGAGAAGUGCACAGAUAAAGGCUGCCUCGCUCUGUCUCUGCUGGAGCUCCUGUCCAUCAACAUGACCUUCAUCUUCAUCGCCAGUGUGCUCGUCCUCAUCGAGCCCGUAGCAGCAGGUUCGGGGAUCCCAGAAAUCAAAAGCUACCUGAACGGAGUAAAGAUUCCCGGAAUCGUCCGGCUAAGAACGUUUCUCUGCAAAGCUUCUGGAGUCCUGUUCAGUGUGGCCGGAGGUCUGUUUGUGGGGAAAGAAGGUCCGAUGAUUCACAGUGGAGCCAUCGUGGGAGCUGGUCUUCCUCAGUUUCAGAGCAUCACUUUCAAGAGGAUCCGGUUUGAUUUCCCGUACUUCCGCAGCGACAGGGACAAGCGGGACUUUGUGUCGGCGGGCGCUGCUGCCGGAGUCGCUGCCGCCUUUGGAGCUCCUAUAGGAGGAACCCUCUUCAGUCUGGAGGAGGGCUCGUCGUUCUGGAACCAGGCGCUCACCUGGAAAGUGCUCUUCUGCUCCAUGUCGGCGACUUUCACUCUCAACUUCUUCCGUUCGGGGAUCAACUUCAACAAGUGGGGCUCCUUCCAGCUGCCCGGUUUGCUCAACUUCGGAGAGUUCAAGUGCUCCGAUGGAGAUAAGAACUGCCACCUGUGGACGGUGGUGGACCUGGCCUUCUUUGUCCUGAUGGGGGUGGUGGGUGGCCUGCUGGGGGCGCUCUUCAACUGCUUAAACAAGAGUCUGUCCAAGUAUCGAAUCAAACACAUUCACCCCAAGGCCAAGUUCAUCAGGGUCCUAGAGUGUCUGCUUGUUUCCAUGGUGACAACAAUGGUGAUAUUUGCAGCGUCCCUGUUGUUGGGCGAGUGUCGUGACCUGUCCACACCGACGACCCAUAACAGCACACUGUCAGGCGUUGAAGACAUCAACUCGACCAUCCGCCAGUUCUUCUGCACCAACAAGACGUACAACGACAUGGCCACGCUGUUCUUCAACCCGCAGGAGGCUGCGAUCCACCAGCUCUUCCACCAGGACGGUAACUUCAGCCCUGUGACUCUGUCCGUCUUCUUCCUGCUCUACUUCCUGUUGGCGUGUUGGACCUAUGGUGUGUCUGUUCCCAGCGGCCUGUUCGUCCCCUCUCUGCUCUGCGGGGCCGCCUUUGGACGUCUGGUCGCCAACAUCCUCAAAGUGAAACUGGGGAUGGACAUCUACGCCGGGACCUUCGCCCUCAUCGGAGCCGCCUCCUUCCUAGGGGGCGUGGUCAGAAUGACCAUCAGUCUGACCGUCAUCCUCAUUGAAUCCACCAAUGAGAUCACAUACGGGCUGCCUAUCAUGAUUACUCUAAUGGUUGCAAAGUGGACCGGAGAUUUCUUCAAUAAGGGGAUCUAUGACAUCCACAUCCAGCUGAGAGGAGUUCCCCUGCUGGAGUGGGAGACGGAGGUCGAGAUGGACAAGCUGACAGCCAGCGACAUCAUGGAGACAAACCUGACCUACGUGUACCCCCACACCCGGGUCCAGUCUUUGGUCAGCAUCCUGCGGACCACCAUCUACCACGCCUUCCCCGUGGUCACUGAGAACCGGCAGAACGAGCGAGACUUCAUGAAGGGAAACAUCCUGGUCAGCAACAACAUCAGAUUCAAGAAAUCCAGCGUGAUGUCCCGCGCAGGAGAACAGCGGCGGCGCUGUCAGUCCAUGAAGUCGUACCCGUCCAGCGAGCUGAGAAACGUUUGUGACGAGCAGAACGCUGCUGCAGAGCCGGCAGAGGAGGGCGAAGACCUGCUGCAGCAGAUGUUAGAGAGGAGACACGCUCCCUAUCCAAACCUGUGCCCGGACCAGUCCCCCAGCGAGGAGUGGACCAUGGAGGAGCGCUUCAGACCCCUCACCUUCCACGGCCUCAUCCUGCGCUCGCAGCUCGUCAACCUGCUCAUCAGAGGCGUCUGCUACACCGAGAGCCAGUCGAGCGCCACUCAGCCCAGGCUGUCCUUCGCAGAGAUGACAGAAGAUUACCCACGAUACCCUGACAUCCACGACUUGGACCUCGCCUUGCUAAACCCCCGCAUGAUAGUGGACGUCACACCCUACAUGAACCCGUGUCCGUACACAGUGUCACCAAACACCCGCAUCUCCCAGGUGUUCAACCUGUUCAGGACCAUGGGCCUGAGACAUUUACCCGUGGUCAAUGCAGUCGGAGAGAUUGUCGGGAUCAUCACGAGACAUAAUUUAACCCACGAGUUCCUGGUGGCCAAACUGCGACAACACUACAUCACCAUCUGACUCCGGCCUACCUGACCCGAUUCAGACCGUGUUCCUGAGCCCUCGUCUGUGACCCGUCCUGUCAGCGCCCCGACCCCAUGGAGGCGUUCCCAAACCAAACGGCACAUUACCACACACACACACACACACACGCACACUCUGUGGUACAGUAUGGAUCACAGGUCUCCAGUAAAGGAAACCGUUCAGUUUUAUUUCACUUACGGCUCAUGUUGUCAGCAUUCCUCUAGCGGUCGCUACAGAAACGAGCGCUCUUACAGAACUAGACUUCACUUCACCAUCUCGAUUUGUUUAGAAAAUGUUUUUAAAAGUCUUUAAUCUCUCCCAAACUCAUCAACUAAUUUACCUCUUGUCAAUUAGAGAACUGGUAACAACACUAGAUUCUUCUUUUUUUUUAAAUCAGCUGAGCGUGAUCGACCGGCUCGCUGCAGAAGGCUCGACAUGAUUCAGACUCAUUUAACAAAAUCUCUGCUCCGCGUUAUCUCCGUGGUUAUUUGCACACAUGAAGGUCAAACUUUGAGUCGACUGGAACAAAUUGUUCAGUUGUUCAAAGAGAUGAGGUGACCUCAUCAGCUGCUGCUUCUGCUGGUUCGAGACACAAGUACUACCUGAAAAACAGAGAGCCGCAGAGAAGCAGAAAGUCUGGGAGAGAAAGAGGAAUUAAAGGAAACAGACACCAGAAGUGUGUCAGGAAGGAGAUGUUUUAAUGCACCUUGAGUUUGAUAAUAGCGCCGUAAGGCCAUGGCAUUUGAUAAGAAAUACUCGCCAUCCUUCAGAGAUCAUGUUUCAGAUCUUUCCUUUAAUUUUUCACCUGUCUGUAGCCUUAAAGUUCAUUGCUUAUAAAUUUACAGAAAUAACCCCAAAAUCAAUCUGCACACAAGUGUCAUUAAUGAGAGCACAAACUUUCAAAGCUGCUGUGUGUAUUUUAAAAUGUUAUCUGCAGGAAAGAUUCCUCCAGAGAUCAGAUAUUGAAGUUGUAAUAAUUUGUUUUUAUAAAGUUAACAGGAAUUUUAAAAAACAGGAAAUCUACUGCCGACACUAAUAUGUGUCUCUAGUCUG